AUGGAUGUAGAGUCGCUUCUGGCGGAUCUCAGGUCGGCAGCAGCUGCUCGGGGACCCGGCUGGCUCCAGGAGCAGGUCCAGCAGCUGCUCAGAGGGGCGGCUGAGGCUCCCGUUUCGCCUCAGCCACGGGCAUCCCGGCCGCGGCGGGCCCGGCCGCCGGCGCGCCUCAGCCCAGAUAUGGCCUCCCCUCGGGCUCAGCGCCGCAGACGGAGCCCUGCUUCUCAGGACCCUUCACGCCUGCAGGCGCCGGGUGCAGUUCCUUCCCGGGCGUCCAGACGUGGAAGGAAUCCAGCCAGUAGGCGGAGCUCUCGGGCAGGCCUCAGCAGGCCUCAUCAGCAGUGCAGCAGCGCCACCUUGUGGUCGGGACCGGGAACGGCGGGCUCUCUCCAGGAUCCUGAUGUGGAUGAGGCCCCUCAGCAUGAGCAGUCUUCCAGAGGGCACGGGGCUGCUGCGGACCUUGGCAGCAGGCCCUCGUCGGCCAGGCAAGUCGGGGAGGGAGUCGUCGCCUCGCAAGUCGUUUCCAGAGAGGAUCCGGAAGAUCACGUCCCUGGCCCCAGCCCGGCCAGGGGACAUCCGUGGGAGCUCGCUGUGCCAGGACCGUCUCAGAGGACCGAGCGGCGGGAGUCAGGACCUUCGGCUGAUGGGGUCACAGCACCCAGGCAGCCAGUGGGAGCGUUUCCGCCAGCUGGCCCCGGGGGCAGAGGAGCGCGGGCUGGACUGCCCGAGUGGCCUGUGGGAACUUCUGGAGACACCGUAGCUGGUCUCAUACGGGCUUCACUUGCACCCGGUACGUGGGAGACAUAUGAGAGGGCAUGGCAAUGCUGGGAGGAUUGGAAGACCAGGUUGGCUGUUGUGUCGGAUGACUUUGAGAUUCCCUUGCUAUUGUUCAUUGGGCAUUGUAGGGAGGAGGGGUGGUCUGUCUCUAGGAUUAAUAGUUGUGUUUCAGGAUUGGCGUUCGGUUUUCGUCUUAGACAUCUGCCGGACGUCACCAAGUCUUUUCUGGUGGUGAGGGCUUUGAAGGGUUGGCGGCGUUCUCAGUCAGGCCAGGAUGACCGUAGGCCGGUGUCUUUUGCUUUGCUGUUGAGGCUGGGGGAUCAAUUAGUCGACGUUUGUGCCUCGCCGUGGGAGUUACGUUUGUUUCGGUUGGCUUUUUCGCUGGCAUUUUUUGGGGCCUUGCGUUUGGGCGAGUUGGUUUCUCCGUCGGUUAAGAGACAAGGUGGUUUGUUUAGGGACGACGUAGACCUUUUUCAGGACAGGGUGGAGUUUCGUAUUAGGCGGUCAAAAACUGAUGUGGAAGGGAGAGGUUCGGACCCAGCGCUAAUCUGGAUAAUGGGUCACUCCUAUGUUUUCUGGGGAGCCAUCCGGGCAGCGGUUCGGCCGGAUGGACAACAGUUGGGGAUUGACCGGUCGGUGGCGGUGUUUAAAAUAUUUGUGCAAGCGAAGCUUGCGAACAAAAAGAUUAAGGUCCUUAAUGAUAUUAAAUCUGUUGAAAUUAGGAGUCGGUACAAAAGGAGAGGCCAAGUUCAAGAACUUGAGUCUUAA